AUGGCUUCGCCAGAAAACAUAAGUCCCUCCGCGUCGUCCAUAUUCCUUCCUCUUGGACGACGCGGCUCUCGGACUUCUCUGUCAUCCCAGGCUGAACGGGAGAACUUGAACGAGGCAUUGGACCAGAUCCACUCGGCGGCCUAUCAGUCGGAGUCUCUCACCGUUUUUAAUGAAUUUACCCAUCCUCCAUCUUCGUCAUCCGCGGCGGAAAACGACAGUCCUCAGAAUCCACCAAACGACGCAAACGGAGGGCUCAGCGGGUUAUAUAGUCGCUUCCGGGCAUCAGUCGGGGGUGUGAAGGAUAUCGUGGGAAGUUCUGCAAAGCCAUCCGACGGGGCAGCCAGCGAGUCACCCGCAGCCAAAAGUCCUAGCGCCGAUAAUACCUCUUUCACUGGCGUGGACUCUCAACCAUCGCACCCAAACUCCGUUCAUGGGUCUAAGGUCCAUUCUCCGGUAGCGGGGGCCUUGUCACCGGCCCCCGAUGGUUCCAAUCCGGUUGCAGCACCCAGAGGGACCAGAUACUCUUCAAGGCCGGCGAGUUUGUCUUCAAAGGCGUCCGCAGCCUCGAUCCCGGCUAUAAAAUCUCCUGUUCCGGCUCUUACCAAGACGGCGGAUCCUGCAGUAACCGAGAUCAACGUCAAUGCCGUCAGAGAUGGUCUUGUCAAUUCCAAAAGCAACCCCCCUGGUUUCGCAUCCCACGCGUUUCAGGGUGUGGAUCAACAAAACGUCGACAGGACUGAAGGGUCGCGGUCAUCAUUGAGUGAAGGUUCAGGAGGAUCAAACAGUCAGAGGUCUUAUUCUCCGGUCCUAACGGGCAAAGCGCCCAACAAUCCUUACAGGGAUGGGCAGGGGCCUCUCGACCCGGCUCAGAUCCAAAGGGUCGGGAAUGAGAUAUCUGAUUGCGACAAGCUGAAAAAGUCUGCAUCUGGUGUUGCUGAUCGUCCCGACUUGCCCGAGCUCGAUACAUCGUUCACUUCCAGUUCUCGGAAGGGUAGACAGCUCGACAACACCACCCAAGACUCGCAACCCCUUCCGGAAGGGAGUACAGCGACGGUUUCCUCAAGCUCAUUUACCGCAGAUGAUUCUACAGCCCCAACCUCUGCAACCAACAGCCUGACAAAAGUAUCCAAUGAUGGAAGUUCGGUUCAAGAUGCACGCACUCCCACUACUCUUGGGACUUCUGUGUCUCUUACAGACAAAGAUUCAAAUAUUACGAAUUCUUCGAGACCUUCUGUUGACAAACCACGAGACAAGCCAGUGCCUCGUGUCAGUCACAGUCGCUUACCUGGUUAUGUUAUGUCUCGUACCUCGUCGAGCGACACCGCAACGACUCAGUCCGCCGUUCUCGAGAAUUCCAACAACCAGCCUUAUCGGAAUCGCCCCCCGCCGAUGAAAAGUGCUGACUCUCAAAAUAAUUUCUCGCAAUUGAGGAACAAGCUACUUAGCAAGGAGUUUUGGAUGCGGGAUGAGAAUGCGAAAGACUGCUUCUUGUGUGGGGAGCCAUUCACGACGUUUCGACGGAAGCAUCACUGCCGCACCUGUGGCCAGAUUUUCGACUCAAAGUGUACCGUGUUGAUCCCAGGGGCUGAAUUUGGUCAAAGUGGUUCCAUUCGCGUGUGCAAGCCGUGUGAAAACAUGAUCAAUUCCCGCGACGACGACUCGUCCGAUUUCUCGGACAAUGAGCAGAGCCCUGUUGUCAUGAAUCCCCGACUACCAGAGUUACAGUCGAGUGGGAUUAGUGGCCGUCAACAUGCAGAUGAUGAUGAUACGUCCUCUGUAAUGUCUCAAUCCAUUGAGCAUAUUAUGAAGACGCCAACUAUGGCAAUUCCUGCAACCAGACGCACGACUGAGGGCAGUAACCGUCGCUCUGCCGUCCUGGAAAUAGAUUCGGACCACCCUUUGGCUCGACCAACUUCGUCCAGAUCUCUCAGAUCAUCAGCCGGUCUGAGGAGCCAUUCAAUGGGCCACAAACGCCACCAUUCGCGGCAACAGUACAUACGCAGUUUCAAGUCCUACCAUGAGGACCGGGCCCCAUUUCAACGGCGUCAUCUGGAAGACAUCAACCAAGGGGCACGGCUGCCCGCUUUUCACAGAGAUAACAUCAUUGAUCCGGAUUUGGCGCAAUAUCUCUCGGAUGAUGCCUCUAGCGGCGAUGAGCAACCGAGCCUUCUCUCAGUUGUGUCUGAUGGUAGCUUGCCAAAGGGUGGAGGUGACAAUGAGAAAGCUACAUUCGGCGGUUUUCUUGCGGCUGUCAAAAAGGGCCGAUCUCGGUUCGGUGACCGCAGCACUGCCAACGGAGUAGCCGCCACGCGUGAUGCGGACGAUGGUAGCAUCAGUAGCUCAAGGGCUGUUAAUCUACCCCGAGCCACGCGACGGCGAAAUCUAAGUGUUGCUAGCAGUAUUCACCAACGACCGUCCCCCCGAGACUUAAAGGAUAGCGCACACGUCUUCCACGAGAAUUCCAGCCCAAGCCCAGCCAAUUCCACAGGCGUUAGCUCGGGGAGCGGUUUUAAAAUGACAAGAAGUUCAUCCAUGAGAGGAGCGGGCGCCCCCGCCAUUGAACUGAAUAGGGCCAGUUUGGAACAUGUCCGUAAGCUGCUUCGACAACUCUUGAAAGAUUCCUCGGUUCCUCAUGCCAAAAGUUGGGAAACGGCGCUGUUGCCCAUCCUACUCAAAGCCACUGAUGAGGUGGAACCGGAUGUUCAACGCGGUGAUGACAUGGACAUUCGUCACUAUGUGAAGCUGAAGAAGAUCCCCGGUGGCCGACCAGGCGAUACGUCAUAUGUUUCAGGGCUGGUCUUUACCAAAAAUCUCGCGCUGAAGAGCAUGCCUCGAAGUAUUGCGCAGCCAAAUAUCCUCAUCAUCACUUUCGCACUUGAAUACGCACGUCAUCAACAGCACUUCAUGAGCCUCGAACCAGUUAUCCGGCAGCAGCGCGAAUUCCUGGAGAAUCUUGUCAGCAGGAUUGCGGCGUGGCGUCCUAACCUCCUCCUCGUUGAGAAGAACGUUUCCGGUCUAGCACUUGAGCUGCUCGAGAAAGCAAACAUUGCUACCGCCUACAACGUUAAACCCUCUGUGCUCGAGGCGGUUUCGAGAUGCACACAGGCAAGAAUCAUUACGUCUAUGGAUAAGCUUGUCACAACUCCAGCCCCCACUGGUCAAUGCGGAAGUUUCGAUGUUAAAACCUACGUACAUAACGGUCGCAAAAAGACGUACAUGUACAUUUCGGGCUGUCCCAAGCAACUCGGAUGUACCAUUGUUCUGCGCGGCGCUGAUAACAGUGUUCUGGCAAAGGUCAAACGGAUCACGGAAUUCAUGGUUUAUGUUGUCUAUAACCUGAAGCUCGAGACCUGCUUGAUCAGGGAUGAAUUUGCACAAUUACCGACAUCCGAUGACAGCGUUAAAAAGGGAGUCCAGAGCGCGGAUAAAUCCGGUGGUUCAAAGUCGACCACGUCCAACGACUCGUCCGCGGAUCAAAAUACCACUUCAAGGUCAGAUGCAGCUGAUAAGACUCGAGACGGGGCUUCCGGAGACCUGGCGAUCGCCAAUGAAACAGACGUGCCUGAUGACGUACCAAUGCCCACAUUCUAUGAAGACAUGGUUCAAAAGCAUGAGACGAAGAUCCUCUCCGCUUCUCCCAGCGUCAAAUUCGAGCCUCCCUACUUGCUCAUGCGUGCUCGGGAACUGGAACGCAGACUUGCAUACCUAAAACGUCUGCGUGACCGGGAUAGUUCUUCGGAGCAAGAACAGACCCAAGAUGAGAAAAACAAAUCUCAGAAAUUCGUGCUAAUCACACCUGAAAUGAUCCAUGAAUCACCUGAAGGCGCUCCCCCGAAGGUGAAAGAGGUCCUUCACGCGGUCCACGAUGCGGAAUACGACAGAGCUUUGCACAAUUAUCAGACCCAAAAGCGGCAGUGGGAAGCAUAUCUGUCCGGAAACUCGAAUCUAUUCGAUCCUUUCGCACACCAGAAUAUUGUCGUCCUCUAUAGUUUGGUUUGCACCACUACGUCUAUUCCCUGUUCGGGUCCUGACAUCUUCGCCUUGGACUUCUAUAAUGAGCACGAGAGCGACAACCGAGUUUUCGAGGCAGAUUGUACCCUUGGGCAAUAUGUAGAAGAUCUUUGUCUGGAGGCGAAUGCCGUCUGUGGGGUAAAUGGCUGCGAAAAGCGAAUGUUUGAACAUCAUCGUCAAUACGUCCAUGGAGAGGCCCAAAUCAGUAUCUUCGUCCAACCUUACCCCUGCAAACUUCGGGGCUUACAAGAUACCAUCCUGAUGUGGAGCUGCUGCAAGAUCUGCGGCAAUGAAACCCAGGUCAUGCCGAUGUCUGAAAGCACCUGGAGAUAUUCGUUUGGAAAGUAUCUUGAGCUGUCUUUCUGGAGCAGAGAUAUUCGUGCCAGAGCCGGUGUUUGUCCCCAUGAUAUCCAUCGGGAUCAUCUUCGUUUCUUUGGUUUCAAAGACAUGGCUCUGCGGAUCCAUUAUGAUCCCAUUACCUUGCUGGAGAUCAUUGUUCCGAGAACGCGAGUCACUUGGAAAGUUGACAAUGAUCUGAGACUGAGAAACGAAAUCUACAAGAAAUCAGAGCACCGUAUUUCCAAGUUUAUGGCCUCGGUCAAGGCUCGCCUCAAGAGCAUUAAUGUUGAAAGUGUUAUGCCAGAGAAGGUUGAAGAUUGCAGAAAGGAAACCGAGGCUCUCAUGAAGAAGGCAAACGAAGACCAUGCUAGCUUGAUAAAACAGCUGCAGGAAAAAUACAUGAAUUCACGGUACUGGGAAACCAUCCCCCUGAAUGAAGUCCUGCGGUCUGUGCAAGAAAAGGUAGUUGAAUGGGACGUUGCCUUUGCGGAAUUCGAGAAGAAUUUCUUCCCGUCGGAGAAAGACAUCAGGCGGCUAGCCACUUUGCAACUCAAGAAGAUCUUCCUGGACAAAGACGCCUCCGUGACUUCCCUCACUACGGCUGAGGAACCCUCGACCACUCCAACGGAGCCAGGCGCGGAUGAAACGAACGAGACUGCCGAAAAGCCCCGACCAGUCCGUCGCAUGACACUGUCGCCCGAGAAGGCUCAGGACGUUCUUGUGUCAGUUGUGGAAGAACAUUCUGGCAAAAUUAAUACUGAGGGGGCAGAGGGAACUGCAGAGAAUGAGUUGUCUGCGCAGACAACUGGUACAGACCAGGAAGGCGAAGCCUCUUCUCCCCAACCGAAUGCGACACCACAGGAAGAUGGUCAGCAGCUCGAUCUCUCUGCUCCACCCAGCUCUUCGGAGGUUAACACCUCAGCGCAACCUUCCACUGAAGCUGUAGCAGAUUCAAGAUCUGCAACGCCAUCCCUGGAUUCUGAUUCCAGGCUCAGCAAUCCUCCAUCCCCAGAGGUAUCAGCACUCCCGGACAAAACUCAGAAAGUGGACACUAGCGGCCGAGCUGAAAGUGGCCCGCAAACUCUACAAGCCACGCCAACGCCUUCAGGGAUCCCCAGACUCGCCAGUAGAAAGACCAAGUCCCCGCCACUACACCGAGCGUACUCUCAGCCUGCUCAGUUGUCGAGGGAGAACAGCAGCAACAAUGGUCCUAUGGCAGCCCUCAAGUCCGGCUUCGGCCACUCCAACAGCAAGGUCCCAGGCGCUCUGCCCAGCCCUCCUCCUGACUCGAAGCCCAAGCUCGGUGAGAAAAAGUUGCCCGAGCGUCUUGGAUUGAGUGCGUUGAAAUCUGGGAAGUUAACGUCUGGCCACUCAUUCAUUCCCCGCUCCGUUCCAAACAAGAAGAAGAAUCCCCGGGUCACGAGCUUAGCCAGACACUUUGAGCAACUGAGCCGUGAGUUUGAAAAGGAACGGCAGCGUGAACGACUGCAGCGAGCGGCGAAGAGUAAACACUCACGAGCAUAUCCCAUGGCGUCAUCAAAGCCAAUCGUCGAAGUGUACAAGAAUGUCAGGGAAGCAGUCGAGGAGCGAGAGCCGUCUGGUGAAGGAGAGGACUUCUUCUCUCCGAAGGUUCCGUCUUCCUUGGAGGAACCCGCCCGGGAAAGCGAGGAGCUCUCGCGGACCGAUACGAAUGCCAGCAAAGAGCCUGUUCCCGAACCAGAGCCAGCGACUCCGGCGGAGCCAGAAGAGAACGCACCUGCCACCAACGAGGUUGCCUCCGAAGCCGACGAGGCACAAAGCGAUGAGGAUCGAAACCUUGCCGAUGAUACACCUCUUGCAGACUCCCCGGAGGAGUUGGUAAAACUCUCCCCAGAACAAGAAGACGAUAUCGACUUGAAAGAACUGCCAAAGCACGAACGGAGUACGUUAGUGAAAAUGCUGACAAACUUCUGGGCUGAGCGGUCAGCAAGUGGAUGGCAACCACUCGAUUAUCCACUGAAGGUGUCGGACCAUGUUUUCGCUGACUGUGAUAUCAUCGUUCGCGAGGAUGAACCCAGCUCGUUGAUUGCCUUUGCUCUUGACUCACAAGACUACAAGAACAAGCUAGCGAGUAUCCAAGAACAUUACAAAGAGCUAGACGAACAACAGGCUGCUUUGCAUGGUGAUGCAGAGGCACAGAACGAAGCCCGUGUGGAGCAAGCGCUACUCCGAGCCACUGGGACUCAUCUCAAGUACCAGUUCCAGGAAGGCCAGGCGAAGAUGCUCUGUAAGAUAUUCUAUGCAGAGCAGUUUGAUGCUCUACGAAGGAAAUGUGGGGUAGCCGACCGCAUCGUUGAGUCGCUUUCUCGCUGCGCAAAAUGGGAUUCCAAGGGCGGUAAGACCAAGUCGUUAUUCUUGAAGACGCUUGACGAUCGUUUCGUCUUGAAAUCUCUAUCUGCUGUUGAAACGCAAGCCUUCCUCAAGUUUGCCCCAGCAUACUUUCAGAUCAUGUCCGAGGCGCUGUUCCACGAGCUACCGUCGGCCAUUGCCAAGAUGUUUGGUUUCUACCAGGUGAUCAUUAAAAACCCAGCCACUGGUGUCGAGUACAAUUGGUUCUUGCUCGUGAUGGAGAACCUUUUCUAUGACCGUUCACCGACGCGUAUUUUUGAUCUCAAGGGCUCGAUGAGGAAUCGCAAGGUGCAGAGCACCGGAGAGCGCAACGAGGUGUUGUUGGAUGAGAACAUGGUUGACUUUAUCUACGAGACUCCGUUGUUCACCCGAGAGCACUCGAAGAAGCUGCUCAGCCAGAGCGUUUGGAAUGACACGCUGUUCCUGGGCCGACAGAACGUCAUGGAUUACUCGUUGAUGAUUGCCAUUGACGAGCCACGCCGGGAGCUGGUCGUCGGCAUCAUUGACUGCAUCCGGACGUACACGUGGGAUAAGAAACUGGAGUCGUGGAUCAAAGAUCGUGGGUUUGCCGGCGGCGGCAAGAACCGGCCGACGGUGACUAGUCCGAAGGAAUAUAAGAGUAGAUUUAGGGAGGCGAUGGCCAGAUAUGUUCUCCAGGCACCGAACUGCUGGCAUCAGUUCCAACCGACAUACAUGGACCAUCGCCGGAUUGAGAACCAUCUACAUCACGUACAGACACCGGCAGACAUGGAGAAUAACGAGAAUAACAAUGCGGAACCUACAGGCGCAUGA